AUGGCGGGAAACUUUGAGGAUAUCCACAUCGCUGCCGAUCCAUACCCGCAUCACCCCGAAUCAGGAGCCUAUGAGCCUGAAGACUGGCACUCCGAGACUACGUCGAUCGCCUCCAAUCUAUACAAAGGGUUUAUGGAGAAUGGCCGACGUUAUCAAGCCCUAAGAGGCUCUGGCUACUUUAGCCCUGCCGACGAGAAACAGUUUGAGACGUAUGAAAUGGGACGUUUCGCCGCCUUGCUCAUGAAUUCCGCCCGACCGAACCCUUUAUUCUGCGCUCCUGUUACGGACCCGAAGCGGGUGCUUGACGUCGGAACGGGGCAAGGUGCAUGGGCCAUUGACGUUGCUGACAUGUUUCCUGACGCUGUUGUUCGGGGUGUCGACCUCUUCCCACCACCAGGGAGUUGGAUCCCACCAAACUGUAUUUUCGAAGUGGACGACGUAUUGCAAACAUGGACUUGGCGAGAGAAGUUUGAUUUGAUCCACCUACGACACGGGAUUGGCGCGUUUACACCUGAUGAGUGGGACUUCCUAUACGGGCAAUGUUACGACACCCUGGAACCCGGUGGCUGGUUUGAACAGAUCGAAAUGAAUAUUCGGUGCGAGUGUGACGACGAUAGUAUCGAGGAGGGUAGUGUGCUAUGGACUUGGGGGCCACGGUUUUUUGCAGCGGGCGAAAAGCUCGGGAAGUCGCUCGAUGUCACGAUACCAAUGCGUGCGUCUAUCGAGAAGGCUGGCUUUGUUGAAAUUCACGAAGAGAACAAAAAAUGGCCGAUCGGCCCUUGGGCGCGGGAUAAGUCACUGAAAGAGGCGGGUAUAGUUAAUAUGCAGCACUGGCUGAGCGGAAUGGAAGGAUAUUCAAUGUACUUACUCACCAAGUAUGGGGAUCCGGUGCCGUGGUCCAAAGAUGAAGUGCUAGUCUAUGUUGCUCAGAUGCGGAAGGCACUGACCAACCCCCGCACUCAUGCCUAUCAGUAUGCCAAACGUAUAUGGGCCAGAAAGCCAGUUGCUAAAUAA